AUGGCCUUGCGCGACCCCGCUACGUGGUCUUCGCUCACUCUAGGUGUCGGUGCCGCACUUGUCGUUGUCAGAUGGGCCCUCCGCGACCGACGACAGCGGGAUGAAGCCUAUCCCCCGGGUCCCUCGCCGAUCCCUAUACUGGGAAACCUGCACCAGCUGGAUACGACUCAGCCGUGGCUUACCUAUACUGCGUGGAAGGAGCAAUACGGCGAUGUUGUGUACUUCCGACAACUGGGCCAAGAUGUUGUCGUGCUUAACACGGAGGAAGCUGCAGAGGACGUUCUGGACAACCGGUCUGCGAACUAUUCGGAUAGGAUGGAUCUGUCGAUCAUCUUCAAUUCAUAUGGGAUGAAGUUCUUCAUGAUCCUCGAAAGAUAUGGAGACGUAUGGCGUGCCUACCGACGUCUCUUCCAGCAAUGCCUGCGUCAGGACAUCGCCAAAACAUUCCGUCCUGCUCAGUCGCAGCGAGCACACGAGCUCGUUGAGAACUUAGCAACAACGCCGGAGCAAUUCUAUGAUCAUAUUCGAAGAUACUCAGCUUCGGUCGUACUGAAGGUCGUAUAUGAUCACGAUCUCCGCGGCGGCGAAGAUGACGUCUUCAACACGGUGCUGGAAGGUGUUGAUAUGAUGAACAAGACUGUUACACCAGCCAAUAUCCUGCUCGUGUCAGUCUUCCCUUUCCUGCAGUAUAUCCCAGCGUGGCUUCCUGGAAUCGGAUGGCGUAAUGGCGCUAGAUGCCGCAAAUUUCUCACCGACAUGAUCAAUGCCCCUUUUGAUGCUCUUGAAAAACAUAUAUCCUCAGGGUACGCCAACGGGUGUUUUGGAGCCGAUGCACUCGAGAAAUUCAGAGACACAGACAAGAUACAAGAUUUUGAAACCCUCGUGCGAAACGCCUGCGGUGCGCUUUACUCUGCCGGGGAGGAAACGACCGGCUCAAUAUUGACCGUAUUCAUGCUCGCCAUGACUCUGUUUCCCGAGGCUCAGAGGCGUGCUCAGGAAGAGAUUGACAGAGUCGUUGGGCCAGACCGUUUGCCAGACUAUGAAGACCGAGCGUCUCUGACGUAUCUCGAGGCAGUCUACCGAGAGACGCUGAGAUGGAAGCCCACUGGGGCCCAAGGUAUAGCUCACGCCGCAGUAAACGAGGACAUUUACAAAGGAUACUACAUCCCUAAAGGAUGCGUGGUUAUCCCAAACGUUUGGGGAAUGUCUCAAAAUCCAGACAAAUAUUCCAAUCCAUCGACGUUCAUGCCCGAGCGCUUCUUCCGUCCCGAUGGCACGCUGAACGAUGACAAAAUCGACUACGUCUUUGGAUUUGGACGGCGUGUCUGCCCCGGCCGACACGUCGCAACCAACUCUCUGUGGAUGGCAAUGGCGAGCAUUCUGGCAUCGCUGAAGAUUGAGAAGGUGAAGGAUUCUUCUGGAAACAUCGUGGAAUUCGAGCCUGAGUGGUUUUGUGCUACGACAAUGUGA